CCCGUUCUCACUCCCGACGCGUAAAAUACUGACGAUUUGUCACGUCCCUUAACUUCUCAUGCUGACGCUGAAGGUACCCUUCCACGUUUUUAUGCGACGCUGUGGGUUGUCAAUUCAUUCCAAUAUGAACCCGCUCGCGGUGAUAAGAGACGCUUCGAGCAGAGGCUCCAGCCAUCCAUUUACUCCAAUAAUAACCCCGUCACGGCGAAAUGUGACGCCUUGAAGUACAAUCUAACUGGAGAACCGGGGACCCUCUCCGCGAACGGGAUUUUCUCCCUAAUUUAAUGCUUUCUUUUAAUGACAUUGUUAACAUUUCUCAACAAAAACACAUGAAAGUAACACUGAUAAUUCAACAAUAAAAUCGCUUCAUUUUCCAAAGUGAUUCACGAUCUGAAAGUGCGCAGAUUUAAUGUACAUAAUCCUUGGUUGGGUUUAUUAUUUUUAUUUCACACGUAAAACACAUUUAUAGUUUUAUUCACCAUUCCUGUUAGUUUUGGAUGCGCUCGGCUCCAACCAAUCAGACGCAACCGGUGUAAGCAAAGGAUGAUGGGAGAACGGAGAGACCCGUUUAUAAGAAUAAGAAAAGGAGGCGGAAUUGAUUGAUUCUAAUGCACGUAUGUAAAAAAUACAUAUAUUUAGAGUAAUAGCUUGAUGUGUGUUUCAAAGGGUUUUUUUCAUAAAAGCUUCGAACAAACAGAGGUGACUGAUCUUGGAAACGAUUUAAUGCAUUUAAAAAUGGCUACAGCUACCGUCAGCAUGCUUGCUAGGUAGAGUAUGGUAACGACUACACGUGGCUAGUGCAGCAUUAGCCAUUUAAUCCAACGAUGAUCAUUAAAUCUAUUAUAAACAUUUAAGGACUUGUGUGUUGCAAAAUAGCCUCACAUGGUGUGUAAAGCAGUUUUUGCGCUAAUAGUUCUGCUAGCUCUUUACAAACCUAUGAUGCUAACGUUAACCGGAGCGCCAAGCUUCAAGCUGCUGACGAACUCCCUCAAGACAUGCAGGUAACCUUCUUUUUUUUUUCGUAAAUGUGAUGUAGUGGAAACAAAUGUUAAAGAGGGGACACACUUGUCUAAUUUAUUGUACGUAGUAAACGUUAUAUUAUUUGAUAUAUUUUUUAUAAAUUUUAUAUAUCUGUAUAUAUGUUUCAGUAAGUAAAUAUUCUUCAAUCUCUUUUUUUCCCCCAUUUUCCGCAGAUCAGCGUCAAUGUCCACGUGAAGAACCUAGUUAUGUUGCCAGUGUCAACCCAACAAAAGAUACUUUCACAAUAUAUAAAAGAAGUGUAUGGAACUGAGGUGCUUCCUCAGGAGGUCCUUCAGUUGUUGGAGGAUGGAGAAGCGGACGCAGCCAUGACUUGUGAGACGGCGUCUGAGUCAGCUACUACUCACUAGGAGAUCAGAAACAUGGUGUCCUUGCAAAAGUGGAAAGAGGCCAGGCCUUGUCUUAUAGACAAUAUGUUAGCUACUCUGGAUCCACAGUCACACCGUGUGUGUCAGUGUGGCAAACAAGUAGUUGUGAGGUGUCUGGACUGCCUGCCUCUUCCAUUCCUUUGUGCUGACUGUGAUAUUGCAGUUCACACACGCUUUGUCCUGAACAACAGAGAGGCAGUAACAGGAGGGUUUUUGCAGCCUUCAUCAGAGUUUCACAAGCCAAUAGUUCGGCUGUUGCCUGUGCAAAGGCCAGACCAUGUGUGUGACUGCCCAGCAGGUAACUUUGAGGUUUCACCCGGCGCAAUUGUGGCUCUUGUAACCAUAAAUGGCCGUUAUAACCUUGCACUGCCAGUGGUGAGCUGCACCAGCUGUGACCUAAUGUGGUCCCCCUCAGUUAAGGACAUCCUGGGUAGUGGAUAUUGGCCUGGCACCUUAAAUUUCUGCACCCUGUUUUCAAUGGGUGUCUUUCAGUCUUUCUAUGACAUUAAGAAGACUGCACCAGGGAUGUCACUUAAGGCAUUUGUCAAAAUGCUGGAUGAAAGAACAGCCCAUUUUGGAAGGACUGGCCGAAUAUCAGCUGAUGCCUUCAGUAAAAGCUUUGUGGAGUGGAGUGCUGUAAAGUUUGAGGUGGACAGGAUGUGCAAGGAGCCAUGCAUUAGCUGCCCUGCCUGCACUCCAGACGUGCUUGCCGUCUCAGUUGAUGGAAACCGUAAGCUUUAUCGCAUUCAAUCAAAUACAAGCACUUCAGAGCAGGCGAACUUUGAAGGUGUCUUCAUUGAAAAAGAUGAGGAAGUUGCUGAGUUUAUGAAAUACAUCCAGAGACACACAAAUGAUGUGGCUCAGCUGAGGAACCUCUUGUCAAUGCGUCCUUUUCUGUCCGUCAUGCAUGCAAAGGCUCACAUUUGGAAAUGCGAGAUCAAAUGGGGAGAUGCGUUUCAGGAUGGCGCCGGUUCUACAGUUGGAAAAGAGGUGGGACAAGUAAACAGUUUCCUGUCUAGGGCGGCCAUUGAAGUACAUGUCUAAAGCAGGGCGAACAGACAUGUUGACCCUCCUGGCUUUGGGGUGGAACAAAAGGAAAGUGGAAUAACUGGGCCGCACUUUGAGCCAGAGAUAUCUCAAGAUCAUAAGGAUCCUUAGAGAACAAGUGGAGAGCCUGAAUGCAACCAAAAAUGAGCUGGGUGUGGAUGACGACACACUGCAGCAAUGGGUGGCCGAUGUGCAGAAAUGGGCUGAAGGUGAGUCUCAAUAUAACGCACUCGUGUAUAACAAUAGGACCCACCAUGGCCUCAUUAAAGAACUUAAGAAACUGAUCAAACUGAUGGCAGCCUUGGAGCGUUGCAGGCACGAAUAGAGGAGCUUGUCGUCAUCAUCAGAGUGCGAACACAAAGUCUUUACAGACAAAAUGAUAGCAACAAGAGGUGACACAGAAUUCGCAAGGUCAUCUUAGAUGAGAAGAAACGCUUGGCGGCUGCUGUUGACAACUACAACAAGCUUGCUGAACCAACAAACAAAUCGUAUCCAGUGAUGCCCUCAUCCAGACCGAUAUUUGGCCCUGGCAGAGCACAAGUGAACCUGCUGCUGAACUCCAGACAAAGAGAAAGGUCUUUGAGAAGGUGAUGGCUGUGAGGCGCCUGAGAGAGGAGGAGAUGAUCCUUUGCAGGGAGAUGCGGCAUCACUGGACAGUGUUGCGAAUGCGAUCUGUGGUGUUGGGGACAAUCUCCUCAGACUCCUCCCUUGUUGGCAUGUCCGAGGAUGCACAGAAGGGACUCCAUAGCCUGGUUUUAAAAAAAACAAAGUGAACUGAAAGCUGAAAUGCUCAAAAUAAAGGACAUGUACAAGAGAAUCCUCAGCCACCAACCACUCCUGGAAAUGGACUCGGAGGAGGAGGAAGACAUUCCAGACGAUGCCACUGAGAGUGAUUUGAGCACUUCUGAUGAAGACUGAUUGUGUCAUCAUUGAUGUUAUUUUUGGUAAAAUAAAAAGUUAAUCACA